AUGUCAACAACCAACGUCCAUAUAUUUAUAGAAGCCCCCAUACUAUCUUGAGAAACUCCCCAUUCUCUUUGUUGUCCCUCUGCAAACACCGCGCUCUAGUUCUCGCCAAUGGAAGAAUCCCAGACAGAAUCCCAAAAGUAUCUCAAUGAGAACUACGCAGGCGAUAUAGCCGAACUCAAGAAAUACGCGAUUUACCUCAAACGCGUGUUCUUCUUCUUUCUCUUUGUGGUCUUCACCAAUAUUGUGCUGACAUACUUCUUGAUCAUGCACCCAUCCAGGCUACCUUGCAAACCCACUGCUGAAUUAUGCGCAGCGUGUGCGGAAGCCAAUCCUGCAUGGACCGACCUCUUCGCGGAAAAUAUCUGGGGCAAAGUGUCAACCACACUCUCAUCUACACUGAUCAUAUGCUGGGCGAUCCAUACCUAUUAUCAUGGCCUGGUCUAGCCCAACAAUGAUAGGAUGUAGGGCUGAAGCUGCACAAUGGGAGACACUGCACUUAAUGAGAAAUUUUUGGAAGCAUCGCCAUUGUUGGAGCCUUGUAGCAUCGGAAAUGCUGAUGAGGAGG